ACAGAGACAAAAAGCAUACAUUGCCGCAGUCACUGAAUGAAGAGCGGCCCCGACACGCCCUCUGCAGUCAGCGUUCUGACGUCCUGCUAGCCGACUGAUAUAGCUGAGGUGGCUCUAAAGAAUCUGGAGCUGCCUAAAACCUGUUCCCUGUAAGCACCGAAGUGGAUAGGAGACUAGACGGCAGAUGAGAGCUGUUUCCGCAGUCUCCUUCGUAUCUAAGGAGGAAGGUUCUUGAUCUUCAGACAUGGUUGGUCUCAUAGUCACUCCUGAGGUCUCCUUGGUGGAUGAACCACUAAAGAUCCAAGCAUGGGGUCUACUUCCUCAGCAAGCCAUCACAAUAAGAGUAUGGCUGAAGGAUGAGAAAGGGGAGAUAUUUCACUCCAGAGCUUUCUACCAAACAGAUAUGGAAGGGAAGGUGGAUCUGGAGAAAUCUCCAGCCACUGGUGGAGACUUCCAUGGAGUCUGUCCUAUGGGCCUAUUCUGGGCUCUCAAGCCAGCUAUCCCAUUUCUAAGGCUGAUAAAACGUGAUGUCAUGGGAAGUCCUUUCUCUGUUCAUGUGGAUCUAUAUUCCUCGUUGGUGCUAAAUCAACAACCUGGAGAUUCCCCUGCUGCAUCCAAAGUCAUUGAAAGAUGGUAUGUGUCUCCAGGAGUUCAGAGAAUACUAAUAAGAGAAGGACGCGUACGAGGAGCACUUUUUCUCCCACCAGGUGAAGGGCCCUUUCCAGGAGUUAUUGACAUGUUUGGAGGCGUCGGCGGUCUGAUAGAGUUUCGCAGUGGCCUCCUGGCCAGCCGCGGUUUUGCUUCGCUUGCUCUGGCUUAUUUUGCUUAUGAUGAUUUGCCUAGUUUCCUUGGUAUGGUGGAUUUAAAAUAUUUUGAGGAAGCCGCUCAGUUGCUAUGGAGUCAUCCAAAAGUGUCAGGCGAUGGAGUUGGAGUGGUCGCUAUAUGCAAAGGAGCUGAGAUGGCUUUGGCCAUGGCGUCUUACCUGCCUCAGGUUGCUGCUACGGUAUGCAUCAAUGGAACCAAUGCUGUGAAUGGCAACACCCUCAUUUAUGGCGAUCUCCUUCUGAACGGCAUACCCUACAUUGUAGAAAGGGUUCUGAUCACAGACUUUGGGUCUCUCAGCCUUAGCAACUCUUUGGAUGACCCAAGAAAACCAGAACACCAGGACUCUAUACUCCCCCUGGAGAAAGCCAGAGGUCCCAUCCUUUUUCUCGUAGGAGACAAAGAUCAGAACUACAACAGUUUGUUCUUUGCUCAGGAAGCAAAGGCCAGGGCAGAGAAGUACGGUAAGAAAGACGUGUACGUGCAGUGCUAUCCUGGAGCAGGACAUCUUCUAGAGCCUCCAGGGUCCCCUUUUUGUCUAGUAUCACAGUCCCCAUUCUUCCCACUUCCUUUGACUUGGGGUGGAGAGCUCCUGCCACACUGCUCGGCACAGGAAACUAGUUGGAAAGAACUUCAAGAAUUUCUCAGUAGAAAUAUUAAAUGCUCCCGACGCAAUAAAUUAUGAUCAGUUGAAUCUACUAGAGGGUCUACAAGACUAUUGUAAUUUCCAUUACCUAGAUUGGUUGACCCAAUAUGUAUAUCUGAGAUAUGGUAAUUGUAUAAAUGUAUGUUCUUAUUAGGAUAUAGUAGAGGGUGGGCCCACUCUAUAAGCCUGAGUGGAGACAUACAAACAUUUAUUCUAGUGAUUAUAAAAAGACAUUAACUUAAAGUAUUACAGCAGUGAUCAUCUAUCCAAACUUUAGGGCCAUGAAAAGUUAUUUCCAUUCACGGUAUACUGUAUGUAGAUUCACCCCAUAGUGACCACCAUUAUGCCUUUUAGGCUGGCUGCUGCGUUUUUACGGAGUCCCAGUUUACAGGGUGCACUAGAGUUGAGCUCCUGCUCUAAUAGCUCUAAUUGUUAGAAGCACUGAUCCGGCUGUUUAACA